AUGGCCGCCGUGCACGAUACACAACAGCGCUCGGCACCUGGGCCCUCUCAGACUCAGACGGAGACGACAAGCACCCAAAGCCGGACCAGCACCCAGGCGAUCUUGCGACUGAGAGGUGCGCAUGCGCCAACAAGGCAGUCGGUGCGAUGGGCAGAGGAUGUGGUUGAUAACGAAGGCCUUGGACGCAAGAGCUCAAAAGUCUGCUGCAUCUACCAUCGCCCCAAGGCAGUCGACGAAUCCAGCGACGAGUCCUCUUCUGAUUCCUCUUCAGACUCCGGCUCCGACUCCGACGAUGGUGGAAGAAGGAGGGUACCCUCGGCCGACCACAAGGGCAAGGGUAAGAGCAAGAAGGCUCACGAUUGCGACGACCAUGACGGUCACCGUCACGGUAGGAAAAGUGGCCGCGACGGGAAGCAGAAGAGAAGGCCAAGUCCCAACGCGUAUGAGAAGGUGCCGAAGCCGCCUAAGCCUAGAGAUGAGUCGGGUGAGGGGAGCAAGGAGCCACAGUCCAAGGCUUGA